AUGGAUCGACCUGCGGUGCAUGAUCGGGACGCCAUCGAAGAGGAGGAAGCAGUAGACGACGACGAGGUGGGUGAUGCCAGUGCCCUGAUCUGCCGAUACGAGCUCAGCCUAGACUACGAUAUCGUCCUAUCGGAUGUCUAUCGCGUGCCCGUCUUGUACAUCAGCAUUCGUGACCCUGAGCACCGGUAUCCGCCGACAAUGACUACGUUGUACGAGCACUUGGUCCCGCCACAGUUCAAAGCUCAGACAGAGAAUGUUGGUGUCAUUGGAGGCAUUACCAUUACUGAGCACCCACUCACCAACAGACCCGUGUUCUUCAUCCAUCCAUGUCAGACGGCUGAUGUGAUGGAGGCCAGUGUCGAGAGCGUCAUAACAGCAGAUAAGUACCUGACCAUAUGGAUAGGGGCCAUGGGAAAGGCCAUUGGUCUGAAUAUGCCGUUACAACUAGCAAUACCAAACGAUACUUGA